AAUAGACUUUGAGGAAAAAAACUUGAUUUCCCUAAUGACUCGUGGUUUCCCUGUAGCACACAGAAGAUCUUCCUUUAACUUCGAAUGCCUCCGCCGACAAAGCAGUCAAGAUGACAUACCACUCUCUCCCAACUUCCACCACCGCACUGCUUUACCGCUUCACUUAAUGCAGCAGCAGGUCAUGGCUGUUGCAGGUCUGGAUUCCAGCAAAGCUCAUAAACAUUCACCAAGCCGUUCAACGCGUUCCUGGGCUACCCCACCUGCAACCCCUCCCAACAGGGACCAUACGCCGUAUUACACACCUCUAAUCCAGGUUGAUAGGGCUGACUCCACAGAGCAUAUGAAUGGCAGCCUGCCUUCCUUGCAUAGGAGCUCUUGGUACACAGAUGACCCUGAUAUCUCCUACCGAACAUUUACACCAGCCAAUUUAACAGUCCCUAAUGACUUUAGGCAUAAACACAGUGACAAACAGAGGAGUGCAGACAGCUUGGUUGAAGCGGUACUUAUAUCUGAAGGCCUAGGAAGGUAUGCAAAGGACCCUAAAUUUGUUUCAGCUACAAAACACGAGAUUGCUGAUGCAUGUGACAUGACUAUUGAUGAGAUGGAAAGUGCAGCAAGUAAUCUUCUCAAUGGAAAUAUCAGCAAUGGGACCAAUGGGGAUAUGUUUCCCAUUUUAAGCAGACAAGAUUAUGAACUUCAAGAUUUUGGUCCUGGCUACAGUGAUGAAGAACCAGAAACGGGACAUUAUGAAGAAGACUUAGCUGAUGAAAUGAUAUGCAUUACAAGUUUAUAGUAUUUAGCAAGGAAAAACGAUUCUAACAACAGAAAAAGUGCCUCAUAGUUUAAAGAUGAUAGGCACUAGCUGGAGUGAAUAACCAAUCAAGUUUUGUACAAGUGAUGUCACACCUCAAGGAAGCCAUAACUAAUAAAUUAUCUCCAUGUUGCCGAAAUGUGGUCAGAGCUGCAGUACAUCAAGUCGCCUCCCACAGAAUCUUCCCACGUUCUUCUGUAGGCAUAAGGUUAUUUUGAAACUAGGCAGAUUGUGACAACCAGUUUUUUGAGGGCCAGAGUGAGAAUCUGAGGUGUACUAUGCUGCCUGU